AUGGCCUGGGACUCCCUGUGCAGCGGGGACUUACUGCGCCCCAAGAUCAGAAGUGCCUCAAGCCGGACACCUGGCAGCCAGGGCAGAGCCCGAACACCCUCCCUGGAGGAGCUGCGGCGCCUGCUCUGGACACGCGCGCACCCCACGGGGCACGUGGAUGAAGUCUGGCCAAACCUUUACGUGGGAGACCUGUACGUCGCUCGUGACAAAGCGCAGCUGAGUCGAAUGGGCAUCUCCCAUGUUGUGAAUGCUGCUGCUGGGCGAUUUCACAUCAACACUGGACCCAAGUUCUACAAAGAGCUGCCUGUGGAUUACUAUGGAGUAGAAGCAGAGGACAACCCAAACUUUGAUCUCAGCAUUUACUUCUACCCAGUUGCUCAAUACAUAAGAGCAGCACUGAAUUCCCCAAGAGGCAAAGUACUAGUUCACUGUGCAAUGGGAAUCAGUCGAUCUGCAACUCUUGUCCUCGCUUUCUUAAUGAUCUGUGAAGAUAUGUCCCUCGCUGAUGCAAUUCAGACUGUGCGCUCACACAGAGGGAUCUGCCCCAACUCCGGCUUUCUCAAGCAGCUUCGGGAGCUGGACCUCCAGUUAGGAAGGGGGAAAGGCAGAGGAGCAGAGGCCUGCUAG